GAGUGGUUCGGUUCGGUCCGGCCUUAAGCUGUAGCUUUGACUCGUAUUCAUUCGUGUUUAUAAAUAGUCGAUUGCAUGCCUGCUGAGCUCCAAGCAGCUCAAUCCCGAGUUACGACAGUGCAACAAAUUAACUAAAUCUCAACCUCUACGCGGCACUCAAGUGACAGGCAAUUAAGUGACAGAAAACCUCUGCGACGACAUAUACAUAUCAAUAAAUUUAAUAAUGCAGUUGCUUACAUUUAUGGUCGUGGCACUGAUGAUUGCGGCCUUCUUAUCAAUAUGUUUGGCUGUGGCACCGCCCGAUGAUGGGAAAUUGCGGGUUUGUGUGGUGGAGUCGCGGGGUACAUAUCAAAAAACCCCCAAGUUCUGUCCCCUGCUGGAGGCCAAGAGCAACAUCGAGUGCGUCAUCGGGGUGGACCGGCUGGACUGCGUGCGGCGCAUACACAAGGGAACGGCCCACUUUGGUGUCCUCACCUCGGAGGAUCUGGUGGCAGCGCGAUGGGCCAGCGUGGAGAUACUGGUGGCCAGCGAGCUGCGCUCCCACGAGUCCAACUUUGAGUACGAAAUUGUGGCGGUGGUGGACAAUCAGGCCAACAUUCAUACGGUCCACGAUCUGCGCGGUGCGAAGCUGUGUCAUCCCGGCUAUGGUUUGGGCAGCCACUGGACGGAGGUGUUGGCCAAUUAUUUUGAAGCCGCUUUGGUUUCCAAGACAUGCGAUCCAGAGCUGACGGUCACAGAGGAUCGGAUAGCGGCCUCGUCGAGAUACUUUGGGCCCAGCUGCAAGGCUGGUCCCUGGGUGCCCGAUCCUAAGCAGGAUCGCAUCCUCAAGAGCCGCUAUCCCUCGCUGUGCCAGAUGUGCUAUGAUCCCUACAGCUGCGACCAGAACGACAAGCACUGGGGCCGACGUGGAGCUCUCUACUGCCUGACCAGUGGCGGCGGCAGCGUCUCCUGGGCCCGUCUCGACGAUGUGCGGAGUCACUUUGGUUUCACGGGCAUAGCAGCGCAGGCGGAUGCGUCGGAAUACAGCUACCUCUGUCCGGAUGGGCAUCUGCAGCCCAUGAAUGCGACACAACCGUGUGUGUGGGUGGCCAAACCCUGGCCAGUGGUGGCCGCUCGUCGCACCCAUGCCGCCCAGGUGCAGCGCCUGGUCACGGGACUCACCCACGAUGAGCCCGACAGCUGGCAGAACGCUCUUCUGAGUCUGCUGGAGACGUAUCAUGUGUUCACGGUGCCGCUGGAUAAUGUGAUAACGAUCGACGACUAUCUGGAUCAGGCCACGGCCUUCCAGUCGGCCUACAGCUUCCCCGAGUGCAAUCCCCCGCGGUCCAUUGUCUUCUGCACCACCUCCAUCUUUCAGCACAUCAAGUGCUCCUGGCUGCAGGAGGCCUCGCAGGUCUAUGGCGUGCAGCCCAACAUUCAGUGCGUGCGAACCAUGAAUGUGGAACAGUGUCUGGACGACACGCGGUUCAAGAGCACCGAUGUGGUGGUGGUCGAUCAGGAGAUGCGCGUAAAGGCCCAGCGGGACUACAAUCUCGUGCCGCUGCUCUACGAGUUCGCUUUGGACAUGCACGACCGAUACGUGACCAUGGCGCUGGUUCACAAGGACUCAAAGUAUCAGAACAUCAAGGAUCUCAGGGGAGCGCGUGCCUGUCUGCCGUCCUUUGAGGGGGCUGCCCAUCUGUCGGUGCAGGAGGCAAUUGUGAAUGGCACGGGCCUGGUGCAUUCGCUGCACUCCUUCUUUCAUCGCGACUCCUGUCUGUGGCAUCCGCACCACGGAAGAGAAUGUCCCAUGCACUACCAGGGCGAUGAGGGCGCCCUGCGCUGCCUGGCCGAGGGCGGAGAUGUGGCCUUCCUCAGCUCGGAUGUGUACAAGAAAUAUGCGAGUGGCAACAUGACUGCCGAUUGGGUGACGCGUGGCAGCCACAAGGAUUACCGUGCCCUCUGUCCGUAUGGGGGCAUUGAGAGGCAUUCGAACUUUGAGUUCUGCUACCUCCAUUGGACGACACGUGGCCACCUGAUGACGCACAAUUCGUCACUGCCGCGUCGCAAUGAGAUCUACAAUUCGCUGCGCGACAUGGACCAACUCUUUGGCAGGAAAUACAAAAGCGAUACGCGUCCUUUCACAUUGUAUGGUAUCUUCGACAAAAGGAAUAACAUAAUGUUCCGGGAUACCACGGAUGGGCUGCUGGGCCUCCAGGAGCUGCACAGGGACAAUGCCAAGCGCGUGAUGGAGCCCAUCUACGAUAGAUAUGCCACCACGCUUUACUACAGCAGCAAAGAUGAGAACGGAGCACAGCGAAACAAUAGCAGUUGCUUGCUUCUUUUGUUUUUAGUGGUCCUCUGGCCGCUGUGGCGAAACUUUUCUUAGUCAAGAGCACAAAUCUAAUCUUAUUUAUUGAUGUGAUAUUACGCUAAAUUUGUUUUAAGAAUAACAUACUGACCCGCCCUGUA